AUGAUGAAUCCGAGCCACGGAAGAGGACUCGGAUCGGCUGGUGGGUCGAGUUCCGGCAGAAAUCAAGGCGGUGAGACCUCCGUAGUCGAGAUGUUCCCGUCGGGUCUACGAGUUCUGGUCGUUGACGACGACCCGACUUGUCUCAUGAUCUUAGAGAGGAUGCUCAGGACUUGUCUGUACGAAGUAACGAAAUGCAACAGAGCAGAGAUGGCAUUGUCUCUGCUUCGUAAGAACAAACAUGGAUUCGACAUAGUAAUUAGCGAUGUUCAUAUGCCUGACAUGGACGGCUUCAAACUCCUUGAACACGUUGGUCUAGAAAUGGACUUACCCGUUAUCAUGAUGUCUGCGGAUGAUUCAAAGAGUGUUGUGCUAAAGGGAGUGACGCACGGUGCGGUCGACUACCUGAUAAAACCGGUACGCAUGGAGGCGCUCAAGAACAUAUGGCAGCACGUGGUUCGGAAGAGGAGGAGCGAGUGGAGUGUACCGGAACAUUCCGAGAGCAUUGAGGACACCGGUGAGAGGCAGCAACAGAGAAAAGCCAAUUCAGUUAACGAAGACGGUGCGGAUGAUAACUCGUCCUCGGUUAACGAAGAGAACAACUGGAAGAGCGGAAACUCACGGAAACGGAAAGAAGAAGAAUGUGAAGAACAAGGAGACGAUAAAGAAGAAGACGCGUCCAAUCUCAAGAAGCCUCGCGUUGUCUGGUCUGUUGAGUUGCAUCAGCAGUUCGUCGCUGCUGUGAAUCAGCUCGGCGUUGAAAAAGCUGUCCCGAAGAAGAUCUUGGAGCUGAUGAAUGUUCCCGGACUAACCCGAGAAAACGUAGCAAGCCACCUCCAGAAGUACAGGAUCUACCUAAGACGGCUUGGAGGAGUGUCGCAGCACCAAGGGAAUCUAAACAACUCGUUCAUGACGGGUCAAGACGCGAGCUUCGGUCCUCUCUCGACGUUGAACGGGUUUGAUCUCCAAGCGCUAGCUGUCACCGGUCAGCUUCCUGCUCAGAGCCUUGCGCAGCUUCAAGCCGCCGGUUUAGGCCGGCCUGCUAAUACGAUGGUGUCUAAGUCCGGUUUACCUGUUUCCUCCAUUGUUGACGAGAGAAGCAUCUUCAGCUUCGACAAUCCGAAAACAAGAUUCGGUGGAGGAGGAGAUGGGCUUGUUGUUAGUCAUCAUCAUCAUCACCACGGCCAACAACAACAACAACAACCGCAAACGCAAACGCACUUGCUUCACGGUGUACCGACCGGUAUGGAAGCAAGACAGCUCGCCGGUUUGCAACAGCAGCUUCCCAUGAGCAACCGAAUGAGCAUUCAGCAACAGAUCGCUGCUGUUCGAGCCGGACACAGCGUUCAAAACGGUGGAAUGCUGUUGCCUCAGCCGUUGCCACGUGGACCACCGCCGUUGCAGUCAUCAUCCAUCAGCAGGCAGCCGAUGUUGUCGAACCGAAGGAACAGUGUUAUCCCGGAGAGCAGCAGAGUGUUACCGACAGGUUACACCAAUCUCGCGACGCAGCACUCGUCGAGCUCGAUGGCUUACAACAACUUCCAGUCGGAGCUUCCCGUGAACAGCUUCCCGCUAGCGAGUGCGCCGGGGUUGUCGCUUAGGAAAGCUCCGUCUUACCAGGAAGAGGUCAACAGCUCGGAAGCGGGGUUCGCUACCACGCCGAGCUACGACAUGUUCAGCAACAGACAGGGUAAUGAUUGGGAUCUCCGGAGUAUUGGGAUCACCUUUGAGGCGGCGCAGCAUCAGGACGCGGAGUCCGUUGCGUUUUCGAAUUCGGAAGCGUACUCUUCUUCGUCCAUGUCGAGAAACAACAAUGCGGUUGCAGCCGUCGAGCAUGGCCGGAACCAGCACCAGCAGCAGCAGCAGACGCCGACGGGCAUGGGGGUGUCUCAUCAUCAGGGAUAUGGAGAGGGAGGGCGUGGCUCGGUGAGGGUGAAGUCGGAGAGAGUGUCGGCGGAUAAUAUAGCGGGAAUGGCGUUUCACGAGCAGUUUAGUAAUCAAGAAGAUCUUAUGAGCGCACUUCUUAAGCAGGAGGGGAUUGCACCGGUUGAUACUGAAUUCGACUUUGACGCAUACUCGAUCGAUGAUAUUCCGGUUUGA